AUGCCGAUUACUUGUCUGCGCUACGUACCAACCGACCUUCAAUGGGUGCUAGGUUGCACCCCACAGGGGGACAUAUUCUGUCUCGAUUCCAACCAGGAGGGUUUUGAAACUCUAAUUACGGAGGAAAACCAAGAAACAUAUUGUUUGGAUAUUUCACCCGAUGGAAUGGAACUGGCCACUGCUGGCAAAGAUACCGCAAUUCGUCUCUAUAGCCUCCAUGUCGGCCAACAAACCGGCUUUGAAACCCAGUCUGCUGAUUUUGUAACAUUCGAUGAGCACCGGCCGAAACCUAGGAAAAUGUCCAGUGAAUGUGAGCGAUUCGCUAAUCCGCUACAAAACGACUUGGAGGCACGAUUAAGACAUUGCAAGCGCUUUGCCGGGGGAAAGGGUGAACAAGUGAUCGAUCAUUACAUAAAGCCCUUCAUCGUGCCGAUUAGCUACGGGAGAGAUUCCGAACAGAAUGCCUGUUCUGACAAAGCGAACAGCGGCACCGCUGAGCCACAGAUACUUGGCUACCACCCUACUGGUCCGGCAGACAACUAUACAGAGGGCCACUCGAUGCGAAUAGCCGCGCUAAGGUAUCAUCCCACUCAGCCCAGACUUCUCGCCUCAGCUAGUUGGGAUCACCAUGUAAAGCUUGUUAAUGCCAUCAACUCUUGUAUCUACCCAGAUCUCACUAUCACCAUUUGGAAUUGA